ACAAGCGAAACCAAAGAUGAAAAGCACGCGGAAAAUGGGUGCAGCCACCAACACAAAAGACCCCUUGCUGUUAAACAGCACCCCCAUCUUCCUUUAAAUCAGCCCCCGACCCCCCUUUCUCUUGACGAGGUGCAUUGUGGGGAAAGUCGUUGCCAUUCGACCUCUGCAGGGCCUGCGCGGACGCAGCUAGAACCCUGAAAUUCAUUAUGCGUUUAAAACCUUUAUUUAUUUCCGCAUAACCUACAUACUCUCACCGGGAGGCCAAAGCGGAGGAAAACGACACCUAACAUUUUAAUACGGAAUCCUAAAAUAGACGGUUCAUACAAAACAAAAUUUGACGGGAAGAAUACUGUUAAGAAAGUGUACAUUCUAAUAUAUUAAGAAAAUGUCCGGAGAGAGAAACCGCAGGUCGCUGGCUUUCCGAGGAGGUGGAUUAACCGUAACCGGUUCCAGUGGUGUCGGUGGGGGCAACAGUAACAGCUGGGAGGCCCAGGCCUGUCAAGACCGACAUUUAAACGGGAACAGGCCAGAUCAAGAAGAAGACAGGGAUUUGGGGGCAAAAGGACCAUCGCAAGGGAGAGUGGAGGGUGGGGGCUCUGCCAGCGAUAGCACAGAGCCAGAGGCAGAGGAGGAAGAGGACCCGGAAGGGGGCAGUUGGACAGCCGGGGACGGCGAAGAGGACCGUGACGGCUGGGUGGCAGUAACUGUGGGCGAAGACGAGUCCAGAGAAGGGAGCAGCUGGACAGUCGGGAACGGUCCGAACAGUGAGGACGGUGCUGGUUUGGGAAGCGGUUGCACGGGAUCCGAGGACGACAGAGGCGAAGCUGGGAGCGGAGUAGACGGGGAGGAAACGGGUGCCAGGAAAUCUUGGGUCGAAAUGAGACCUCAAACGCUGCUUCAGAAACACUCACUUUUCCAGGGUUCGUGGUUACAGGAGUUUCCAUGGCUUAAAUUUUGUCAGGAGACAGGACUUAUGUCCUGCUCUUGGUGUCACAACAUUGCCACUAACAACAACGACGAGCUUGUUAAAGGCAGUCGAAACUACAAGCGGACCUUGCUGCUGAGACAUCACCUGUCUCCUGAGCACGGGAGAAAUGAUCCAACCAAGCAGGAGACGGAGGCGACCGCGGACGAGUCCCAGGGUGACGGCGAGGACUACCGGUGCAAGCCCAACGAGAACUCCUACUGCUACCAGCUGCUGCAGGAGCUCAACAAGCAGCGCAAGAGCGGCAUCCUGUGCGACGUCAACAUCGUGGUCAGCGGCCAGGUGUUCCGGGCCCACAAGAACAUCCUGGUGGCGGGCAGCCGCUACUUCAAGACCCUCUACUGCCUGACCAAGGGCGAGGGCGCCGAGCGCACCACCAGCACGCACCUGGACGUGGCGGCCGUGCAGGGCUUCUCCGUCCUCCUGGACUUCCUGUACUCCGGGAACCUGCUGCUGACCAGCCAGAACGCCAUCGAGGUGAUGUCCGUGGCCAGCUACCUGCAGAUGACCGAGGUGGUGCAGUCGUGCAGGGCGUUCAUCAAGGACGCCCUGAACAUCAGCAUCAAGCAGGAGGCCCCCGACUCGGUGGUGGUGGACUACAACAAGAGGAGGACGGUGGCCAAGGACGGCCACCGGGGCUCGGCGUCGGAGCGGAAGCCCAGCAACUUCUGGGCCACCAGCAUCCUGUCCAAGCUGUCCAUCAAAGCCAGCGGGAGCGGCGACCACCAGGGGGGGGAGGAGGAGGAGGGGAGCGGCGUGAAGGAGGAGCCCAGCGACGUGGAGGUGUCGGCGGGCAUGGGCGAGGCCUGCGCCCUGGGGAGCUCCGGCUGGGGUUGCGGCGCGGGGAACUCGUCGGCGGAGGAAAACGACAACGGGCUCCAGGGGCCGGGGCCAGUGUUCGUCUGGAACGAGCCGGCUCCCGGCGCGGCGGCCGGCGGCGGCGUGAAGAGGGCGGUGGCGGCGGCGCGCUCGGAGCCCGGGAGCGGGCGGCGGAAAAAGCAGAUCACGCGGCGGUUCGUGUACAACAUCCCCCCGGAGCCGGAGGAAGGGUUCGACGAAGGCAUGUUCAUCCAGCCCUCGGCCUCCUACCCUAGAGAGGACUUCUCCUACCUCUCUGAGAACGCAGAGCUGGCCAAUCAGAAUACAAUCCAGUACAGCCUCAUUCGAGACUCCCAGCAAGGAGAGUCAUGGGAGAAUGGUGAAUCGUCCGACCUGGCCCUAAACAAGCUCAAGUGUCCCCACUGUAGCUACAUAGCCAAGCACCGGCGCACGCUGAAGAGGCACCUGAUCAUCCACUCGGGCGUGCGCUCGUUCAGCUGCGACAUCUGUGGGAAGCUGUUCACCCGCAGGGAGCACGUCAAGAGACAUUCCCUGGUGCACAAGAAGGACAAGAAGUACAAGUGCAUGGUGUGUAAGAAGAUCUUCAUGCUGGCUGCCAGCGUGGGCAUCCGGCACGGCUCGCGGCGCUACGGCGUGUGUGUGGACUGUGCCGACUCUCACCAGGCCACGCAGGAGGGCAUGGAGGCCAUGGAGGGCAUGGACUUCCCCCGCGACGACGACUUUGAGGGGGAGGGAGACGAGGACCUGGCGGAGGAGGGGGAGGAGCCAACCGACAACGACCAAUCAAACUGGGAGGGCGACACGGGCGCCGCCCUCGAUGAGGGCUAGCCCCACCCAGUAGAAGUAAAUCGACGACAAAGAUAAAUUGUUUGCUUUUAGAAAUCUCGAAAGAAGAAGAAAAAAAUAUAUAAAAACGACUAAAAACAGCUGGUAAACAAUCAACAACUCCAAAGUGCUAUCAAACCUUGAGGUUACUUACACACCUGAGUGUAUGGCAAAGAGAAAAGGCUUUGGUAGGGAGGGACUCCAAGAUGUACAGAUAUUAAUAUUAUUAAAAGGUGUCAGACUCUGGGCUUAAGCACCCAUUAGAGAAAGAUUAAGAUGAAAUCAGGUUCUUUCGGUGAUGUAUUUUUAUUUCUUUUUUUUCGGGGGAGGGUUAGUGUACAGCGUUAAGUUACAAUAGGCCAAUCAUCUUAAAAGAAAUGUUAAUUAUUUAAUUUAUGAAGAGAAGUUAAUAUGGUCUUAUUAAAUGAUAAUUCUUUCUGUUGUCUGUGUGCUGGCAGAGGUUCAGUCUACGUUUCUGACUGUGCUCUCUGUCAAAUCUGAAAGUAUAUUGCUAGUUGCGCAUUUUAGAAGUGCGCUCAAAGAAAAAGCGUUUUAUGCCGAGAGGAAGAUUUUAUUUGCUCUAUAGUUGGAUAUGUCUAGAUGCCCGAAAUAAUAUUUUUCUUUUCUAUUUUCUUUUCCCUGCACAAAUCUUGGAACCAAAAAAUCUGUUUUGUGACUCUAAUGUAACACAGCCAUAUUUAUAAUUUAAUUUAAGAGGGCUGUGCUAUUGUGCCAAGCAGAACGCACACCAAGAUUUAGCAGGAAACAAAAAAACUACUGAAAAAUGCUUAAGAAAGAGAUGAUUCUAAGCGGGGGGAAAAAUAAGUUUAUAAAAAAAUCUAAAUCAAAAGUAUAAGGGGAAAUGUUAUUGCUAGCUUUAUACGAAUCACAGCAUCACCGUAACACUUUAUAAAGCAUUUUGACUUUCACUUAAAGCUUGAAUUUUGCCAAAUGACGGAAACGUUUGGUGCUGUAAUGCUUGUCGCGAAAUACUGGACCUAAAGGCUGUAUAUGAUGUUUAUAAUCAUGAAGCUUAAACUGACUCAGUUAUAUAUUAAUCAGCUCUAUAGAACACUGUUGUGCUAUGGCGACUAUCAGGUAUGCUUUGCCAUUUAAAAAAAAAACUUUAAUUGUAUUUAAUGCACACACACAUUCACAUACCAUUUUAUAGAUACUACCGGCAGUACUUGUUAAUGACAUAAGGACCUAGGUGGAGAUGGAUACCUAUAUACAUAUGUUUAUAUGAGGUACUGAGUAUAUACUUGUGAAUCACUUGAACGUUCGGUGUGAGGUAUUUGAUAAGUUGAGGAGACUAGAUCAUGUGAUGUAUGAAGUCUGAACGAGAAACUCCAUUUUGAUGCGUAAGAGUUUAAACAAUUUACAAUCGGUUUAAUUUAAUUUGUUAAAUAGUCUUCUUUUUUUUCGUCUGCCAGGUAGGCAACACUUUGUUGGAUAUAAAGUGGGGCUCUAUGGCGAUCAUAGACAUGCACUUACUACUUUCUUUUGUGUGCUGGUUUUCUUGCUUCCCCAAAAGCGAGUCUGAAUGGAACUGAGGUGAAAACUGUUGUGAUAAUCUUCCAUGCGCAACCUUUUUAUUAGCCAUUUUGUUUUUGUUAUUUAAUAUUAUAUUGACUCCAAAAUGCAAUCAAGACUGUUAAUUUCUAUUUGUCCAACCAAAAUUGAUGUUUAAUUAUUGUUGAAAUGAUGUAUGAAAAAGCCAGGUAAACUAUAUAGUGUAGAGUUCCUCGCUUAUGUCUGUAUUUGUCCGAUUUUAAAUGUUUUUAUGCUACAAAAUCAUUCACUUUACCUUAGAUGCAUAUAUAUAAAUAUAUAUGUUUUAUUUGUCCUGUAUGAGAGAUGUUUUCUUUUUCCUUUUUGGGGUUUUCAUUGAGCACAUAUUUUAUUAAGAAAUGUGGAUUGUUUGUGGGUUAAAACCUAGGAACAGCAGUAUCUGUUCAUAUGCAGUGGAUAUAUUGAAGUGCUAAUGACUCAGAUGUUUAACUCCCUUUACUCAAUGAAAAAUGUAUUUUAAAAAGACAUAAAAUAUCCUCAACAUGUUCCUAUUAUUUACCUUCAAAUCACUGUGGGAGGGAUUAUAUAUAUACAUAUGAGAAUACAUGAGAAUAUAUAUAUAUAUAUGAAUAAAAAAAAGAUAUAAUUUAACUAGUUGAUUUACUCGAUGGAACACAGCUCGUUAGCUCGUUGUAAACCUCGGCCAGGUUCUGUGUGACCUCAUAACCUUCCACUAUCUCUCCGUUCACAUGUGCUCGUCCAUCAAACCAUCCUGUAUGUUGUUUUGAUACUAUACCAUCCUACUGAUUUUACUGUUUCUAACAGACAAACUCAAGGUGACGUGUUUAGAUUUAAUGCUGUUAUUGUUAUACUCUUAUGGACAAAAAAAACAAACUCAUCCAAACACUACAGAUGAAAGCAGAGGGUUUUAUUUCUGGCUGUAUUUUUUUACGCUGUUGAAAAGGUGUAUUUUUCAAUUCUCUUGACAGUGAUGCAAACACUGGGCCUUACUCUGGCCCGCUCCGAACAGAAACAAGUCAGGUUGCUCUUUUUACGUUUUUAUCAAGGUUUUCAAGAUGAAUACAUUCUCCUUUUUCUGUUUCAAUUGUACUACUGUUCCUUCUAUAUAAUACAUUUUACGAAUAAAACUUUGAUAUUGCUU